CCUACCCUUUCUUGUCAGUGGUGCAGGUCGGAGGGCCCGGCAAGGAACAGCGUCUAGUCGACGAGAAUCCAGUUCACACGGCAUACAUGUAAAAGAACCAUUGACACUUGGAAUUCGAAGAAGAAACACUGCAUAGCGUAUAACCAUAUUUAUUAUAUAACACGUACGGUUGGUACAGAUGUAGGACGUUAAACACCAUUUCAUUUUAUUUUCAAUCAAAUAAACCGAAUGAAAAUGCAUCACCCGAUUAUUGGCCGAAUUGGCGUACCAUAAUACUUGGCAUGUAAUAUAUUGCAGAUUAUACAGUUCACCCUCCCCCGCUAUAAUUUAUAUAUUCAACCGAGCGUCAAUGGAAGAGUCCAUUGUUUGUUUACAAAACCAAAUCCAUUGUAGUUUAUAUAGAGAUUGAUUUAAUGUACCAGUUCAUAGAAGAACGUGCUGUGGGAACAGAUGAUGCAUAGGUAAACCAGUUCAAGACACAAAAUGACAACCAACAUUUUGGACCCAAGGUCCCUGAUUCUUGUACUAUUGAUAAUAAUUCAAUGCUCUGAUGCCAAGAAACCGAACAUUAUAUUAAUGAUGGCUGAUGAUUUGGGUAUUGGUGAUUUAGGAUGUUUUGGGAAUACGACAAUUAAAACACCAAAUAUCGACAGAAUAGCCAGAGAAGGUGCCAAAUUAACUCACCAUUUAUCAGCAUCAAGUCUGUGCACACCUAGUAGAGCAGCGUUUCUAACAGGACGAUAUCCAAUACGUUCAGGAAUGGCUGCAAGAGGAUACGCGCGUGUUAUCCUUUUUGUGGCGGCAUCGGGUGGAUUACCCACAAGUGAAACAACAUUUGCUGAGCUAGCCAAAACAGCAGGAUAUAAAACAGCCUUGCUUGGAAAAUGGCACCUGGGAUUGAGCCAGGACAGCCACGGAGAUUAUGAACACCAUCCAAAUAGUCAAGGAUUUGAAUACUUCUAUGGCUACCCUAUAACAAACAUGAAGGACUUUGGAAAAGAUACUAGAGAAAGUUUGUUUCGUUCGAUAUUUCCAUAUUGGAAUUUCCAGAUCGUGACCGCCUUUGUCAUCAUGUUCAUUUGCUGCACGUGUCUGUAUAGCACUCGGAUGGUAGGGCUAGCUCUGUAUAUCAUUCUUGUUAUUUUCGGAUCUUCUGUGCUGUUUACAGUGCACUAUGCUAUUAUUAUACGCUACAAAGAUUUUAAUAGCUUACUGUUUAGAAAUAAGGAACUGGUAGAGCAACCGAUGGAGUUAUCUACCUUGACGCGUAGAUUCGCGGCAGAAGGUGUUGAAUAUUUAGAAAAAAGAAGAAACGACCAAGAGCCAUUCCUGUUGACGAUUGGGUGGCCACAUAUGCACACUUACUUAGAUACUGCAAAAGCGUUCGUAAACAGAAAUAAACAUGGACGCUACGGUGACGCACUUGAAGAGUUGGAUUGGGGAGUUGGUGAAAUUCUUGGAGCCCUGGAUAGGUUGAAUCUAGCAGACAACACGUUCAUUUAUUUAACAUCUGAUAAUGGAGGUCACCUGGAAGAGAGAAAUGCUGAUGGAGAAGUUCAUGGUGGUUAUAAUGGUAUCUAUAAAGGUGGGAAGGCUCAUGGUGCUGUAGAUGGUGGAAUCAGAAUGCCGACUGUUUUAAGAUAUCCAUCAGUUGUAAGACCAGGCACAGUUAUUGAUGAACCUACAAGUUUAAUGGACAUCUUUCCUACCAUAGCUAACAUCAUCCAAACUAAAUUACAACCUAAAUUACAUAUUGAUGGUCAAGAUAUAAUACCUCUUUUAUCUGGCAAGGAAACUGUUUCACCCCACGAUUUUAUGUUUCAUUAUUGUGGAGAUGAUAUACACGCCAUCAGAUAUCGUCCAAGAACCGGCUCCUCCAUCUGGAAGCUGGUUUUAAAAUCCCCGAAUUAUUUACCAGGAAAACAGAUGUGUCAAUUUGCAUGUUCCUGCCAGGAAGCCAUUGUUAAUGACCCUCCACUUUUACAUGACAUGACGUCAGAUCCGUCAGAAUCAAGACCAAUUGAUAGUACGAGACAUCCCGAAGUUGUUAGCCUAAUGUUAAAAGCACUGGAAGAUCAUAAAGACUCGAUUAUACCAGUGACAAAUCAAUUAGAUAUGCCUAGACUUUUGUGGAAGCCCUGGCUUCAGCCGUGUUGUGGCUCCUUUCCAUCAUGUUCCUGCAGCGAUGAAAAAUUUGAAGGACGAUUUGUAGAGUGAUCGCAGUAGCCCAAAAUGGCAUAUUAUUAUCACUAAUCAUUUUCAUAAUUAUAUUUGUUAGUUUUGAAGUUAACAUUUUAUAUCAGUUUUGCGAAUAUAUAGUGUUGUUUGAAGACGGUAAUAACCAUGACCAACUACCUAGAAAUACCUAUAAUACAUAGAAUACAUAUAUUUUUUUAUUAUUUCUAUAAUAAAUAAUUUAUAAAAGUU